AGCAACAAACAAGAAGGUUACGAGUUUAAAAAAUUGGACUAUUUGGCCGCCAGACUGGCUUUACGGCACCGAGAGCGGUAUGAACUAAGUCGGGUGUGUGGCAGGAGCUUGUUGGGCCGCUUUUGAGGGGGACUCGGCGGUGAUUUGCAACAUUUGGGGCUGAUCGCGGAGACAACCUCGCUUUUAGGUCGUUUCAAGUGGCGAUGCUGAGCUGAUAGCUGCGUCAUCAUGUUGCUUCCGACUCGAGUUGGCGAAAAGAAAUCUCAAGUUAACGCCAGAGGUGAGGCUGCCCGCCGUCAUCCAGCCGCCGGAGGCCACUCCCGACCCCUGAGAUAGAUAGAUGGGAGACGGGCUGCUGGUGAGCGGUUUGCGGUGAUUGCCUAUUUACGUGGUCGCUGAGAAACUGGUGACUUUACAUCACUUGGCUCGGCGUUGUUGGCGCGAUACUCUCCUGGCUGCAUUUAUUAUCCACACUCGGAUGGACAGUAAAGAAGAAAAAUAAUAUAUAUUGAUGCUGCGUAGCGUUAGAGACAGCAACAUUGUGUAUAAAUAUGACUGGAUGCUUCCUGAACAGAAAGUGGAACUAUAUUAUACUACAUUAUACAGCCACAACUGUUUGGGCAGUGAGAAGUGAUGCCCUCACUGACAGCUAGGGUACAAAGCAGGACCCUCCAGUGAAAUGCUGCUUUCUUCUUUAGCUGAGAAAAACAAGCCAUAAUGAGAGACGUUGCUGUUCAUUUUAGCAAAUUGGCUAAUUUGUAGCCGUCCACUUGGAUAUGUCAAACUAUUAGCAGCGUGUCAGAGUGUUUUGUGUGGACUUAUUGUUCGGUCGGUGGUCUGUUGUCUGCUGUCACCGUAUCCACGUGUUUCAGGUCGGUAAAGUGGGUAAAGUUUGGCUCACAGGACUGAUUACUUAAGAGGGGACGCAGCUGUGGUCCCUCUCAGCCUGGACAAAGUUACAUUUUAACAUCAGAGUAGAAAAACCGGAAUAAAAAAUGGCCGGCGAUUGCACCCACACCAAUGCUCAUUACGCAAAAGCAGAGACGUUUUGUCCGUCCAAACCCUGGUCGGAUGGAGACCGAGAGCGAGCCGGGGAGAUGGAGACAGCCGGGAACUCGAAAGGGCGUGGACUUCCCGCACAGUGGUCGCCCAACUUCGAGAUGAUAGACGGGCUGAUGUACCGCAAGAAGCUGGAGAAGGGUUUCAUCAACUACCGGGAGGUUUUGGACGAGGACCGGAGACAUGAGGCCGUGUCUACCUUUCACCGGCGGCGGCUCGGCCAGAGGCACCUCACCCUGGAGGAGACCUACAAGUGCGUGGCUGAAAACUACUGGUGGGAAGAAAUGUACUUCGAGAUCAGAGAUCUGGUCCUGAGCUGCCCAGAGUGUCAGAGCCAGCGCACCAAGAAAACAGAGGAGCUGGGUGACAGAGGAUGUGUCACAAAGACGAUGGUGUCACACAGCGCUGACAUGCUGAGCAAGCUGAGGAGUCAGCGGGAGGCGGGACUUUUCUGUGACAUUACCCUGCGGACCAACGGGCGAUCCUACUCUGCCCACAAAGCUGUCCUGGCGGCCGUCAGCGAUCACUUCCAGGAAAUCUUCACAGAAUUGGACUCGAACAAGAAAGCAGACAUAGAUCUCACUGGUUUUAGUGAGGACAGCCUUCUCUCUCUGCUGGAUUUCUCCUACUCCUCCACCCUGUGUGUUCGCCAGGAGGACCUACCUGAAGUCAUCGCCAUGGCCCGCCACCUGGGCAUGUGGCCUGCAGUGGAAGCCUGCUCCGCUCUCAUGAAAGAACAGGAGCAGAAACUGCAUCCUGGCAAGGACUUUACCUCAGCCUGUGCUGGUGCGGGUCAGGAGCGCCACCGCCAUCACAGAGAAAGCAAAAGGAAAAGGGUUUUGGAUUUAGACUCCAGUAUGAACGACAGCUUCAGUCUAAUGCUGGAUGCGUCCGAUGAGUCUCUAGAAGUGAGUCCGAGGCGCAACUUGCGCAGGACACCGAAAGCCCCAGUCCAUAACGGUCUCCCUCUGAGCCCCUCACACAGGAUGAAGCUCAUGGACUUCAAAUCUCCCUCUUCGAAGAAAGCUACGACACCUCGACACACUAUCGCCACCCCACAGUCACAGAACUACUCGCGCAUAUCGCCUUCGAACACUCGUCUUCUCCGCUCCACUCCUGGGGCUGCCAAGGAGGUUCAGAGAUUGCUACCUAGGCCAGAGAGCCCUCGACGAAACAGAAAACCUCACUCUAUCACCCAGCUCUCCCGCAACUCCAUAUCAAGGGUUCCAAAGAUUACUGGGUGCAGCCCUGUGAGGAUAAAGCAGGAGGUAGAGGAGGUUGGAGAGGAUGAACAGGAUUAUGCCAGAGCACAGGAGAAGUACAAGCUCAUGAAUGUCCUUGGGUUACAGAGGACCGCCCUCCUCCCCAGACCAGAGGAUCUGAUUGGCUGGAGACAGAAGAAGCGACUGAGGAAGCUGAAGGCUAACAACUAUUCACUGACAAAGCGCAGGAAACCCCGCCCUACCUCCCCAGUGCUACCAUUUGGGGCCGUGACACUGUCGCUUCCCCUCUGUAACCCCGUUAACACUCGCCUUCUCAACAAGUCAGCAAAGACGAAGCCUGUGGGGCCAGUCAGCGCUCAGCAGAUGACACCAAAGAGGCCAAAGACCGGCCCGCGACAUGUUCCCCCAAGUGACAGGAGCAUGAGAAGUCAAGGUGUGUUACCGGACAUGUUCCAGCCUGCAUCCAGGUCUCCUUUCGGGGGGAGGGAACUCAGGCGGUCAGUGAGGAAUGGUGACAGUUCCCACCUUCCUGCCAAGCAGCCUCGGCGACACAACACCAACAAAACUCUAGCGAGAAAAACAGUUGUGAUCAAAACAGAACCAUCUGAAUGCUCUAUCUCAGGUUUCCCUCUUUCAUCGAAUAAUCGCUGUGGCCAUACACCUCACAAAUCUCCACCUUCACACAGGACACAGGCCAGAAAUAAGAUCACUGUAGAGACGGUCAAAACGCUGCGUUACAACAGCGGCCGACCAGCAACAAAGGCAAAGCCUAGGCGUGGCUCCACGAGGGAGGUUGAGAAGACGAAGUGUAACCCCAGGGAGGAGGGGAGGAAGGUCAUGGACUCUAGACUGAGAAUGAAGGUAAAUGAACCUGAUGGGCUCCAGUUUUCAGAUCACGCACCUCCGCCACCCAUCUACAACCAUCCUCUGUACAAAGUCAUCAAGGAAGAGCCAGCAGAUCCUGUAGCAAUUGGCGGGCCUUUCCAUGAUCCUCCAUCACCAGACCUAGGCAAGCGCCAGAGCAAGCCCCCCAUCAAAUUACUGGACUCUGGCUUUCUGUUCAGCUUCUGCCGGCCAGCAGGGGUGCCGAUAUCAGGACUGAAGAAAGAGGAGGAGAGCGUGGAUAUCUGCUUGACGCGCUCCGUGUCACAAGUUGGGCAGAAAUUUGGAGCGGAGGAGUCCCCGCACAGGGCACUGAGGGCCAGAGGGCCACCCGCUCUGCCUGUGGUGAAGAAGGAGAGGGAGGGGAGGAGCGUGAGCAAGGUCCAGAAACCCAGGCCAAACUCCCAGAACAGCACUCAUCACCUGGCCAAAUCUGCCAGGUCAAAGGCGACAAAGACCAAGCCAAAGCAGCAAGAAAAACUCCCUCCGAGGAGCUGUGUCAUGCUGGAUUCCGUACGCCGGGCAAGGCUAAAGCAGCUCCGAGGGCCUCGUAGUCAAGUACCCAAAGCUCCAAAGGCACCUCAUACCUGCAUGCAGUGCUCGGCUUCCUACAAGAACUGCGACGCUCUAAUCAUGCAUCGCCUCAGGCACAUCGAGGGAAAGCACUGGCCAUGUCUGCUCUGCAGUAAGACGUUCUUUCGACUGAGGAAUGUACGGAACCACAUCCGCACCCAUGACCCCAAGUUGUACAAAUGCCGGAGCUGCAUCGCUGCCGGUUCUUGAGGCAGCUGGAGGCUCGGCUCUAGCAGCGAGGCUGAGGAUGAAGGCUGUGAGCGUCCGACACCAGCGAGCACGCUGCAGCCAGAGGCACAUGAUCGAUCAGCAGCUUGUACAUAAUGCAUCCGUCACACACAAGCACAACGGUCUGUGGAAAGGCAUAAUUACUCUGAUACUAAUCAUUGCGGUCGUCAAUGAUCGAUAAUGUUAUUUAAAUAACCAAACAAAGGUUGCUGGUCCUGUUUGCGUGUCCGUAGCUACAGAAGGUUAAACUUGAACAUUACACUCAGGGGGCGGGGAAUGUGAUGCCACGGUAUAAAGUGAUUUAAUGUCACGGUUGUGUAUAAAAUGAAAUGUAAAGUGAUUGUUAUAACUAUUACUGCUACUUAUUGUUAUUAUUUUUCUAUGUAUAGCUGAAUUUUGAGUGCACUUAUAUCAUAGCUUUUGUUGUAAACCUAAGAAGUGGUGGUGAAAUUGAAGGUUUGUCCACGGCGGGAAUACUUGAAGUGAUGCAAGCGCUGGAGGGAAUACUUGAAGUGGGCUGGGGUCUUAGGAGUGAGACUGUCCUUUGGGUGUUUCAGUGGGUCUUUGUCCUUUUGAUGUGCUAACUUUUAAACGACUUGACAAGGCUGUUCCUCCUUUCAUAUUGAUCUGCUCGUCUCUCGUAGUCCGUGAGUCGGGGAUUUGACUGGUAUGGUGACACCACUGCAUGUGUUUCUGCAGGCCAUUUGUGGUCCACUGUCUUUUCUAAGGCUGCCAAUUUUAAAAAGGGAAUCAUGUCUCGUUUUUAAUGUGAAUUUCUGAUUAGUAAUCAACACAGCUGUGUAAUUACAGAUGUUUUAUUGAUCUCUUAUUCCACUGCGAUCCAAGAAAAGACUCGUCGUCUUGUUCUACUUCAUACCCCCCCCCUCCUACUGAAUAAACGCAAUGUGUUCACACAAGGAGAUGUUUAUGGUUCACAAAUUGAUUUUAGAAAUAAAUGAGCUGUCUGUUGCUCCCUUAAAAGACUGAAUAAAUUUUUGCCUUUUAUA